AUGACAUCUAUUUUGUGCAACGAAAGGAUAGAAUCGGUAGACUGGGCUUAUCUACUAUACAAAAAGUUACAGCGGCGUUUCGAGUUUUGGCGUAUGGAAUACCAGCAGAUGCAGCAGAUGAAUAUAUCCAGAUUGGAGAAUCAACUACAAUUGAAAUAUAUCCAGAUUGGAGAACCAAUUAUUAUUCUUGAAGCUGUAGCUGAUUAUGAUUUGUGGAUUUGGCAUGCACAUUUUGGUAUGCCGGGGUCGAAUAACGACAUUAAUGUGUUGGAGGGAUCUUAUUUGUUUUCCAAUCUUGCAAACGGUAUAUCAGCUCCUUGUCAUUAUGUUAUUCAAGGACAACAGUACCACACUGGAUAUUAUUUAGCAGAUGGUAUAUAUCUAAAAUGGUCCACAUUGGUACAAACAAUUCAUGAACCUCGAGGGCCCAAAAAGAAGUUAUUUGCGAUGAUGCAGGAAGCGUGUAGAAAAGACGUAGAACGUGCAUUUGGAGUUCUCCAAUCACGAUUUGCAAUAGUCAAGGGACCGGCACGUUUUUGGGAUAAAUGUGUAUUGCAUGAUAUAAUGUCAUCUUGCAUUAUAAUGCACAAUAUGAUCAUUGAGGGCGAACGUGAUGAGCAAGCAGAUAUACAAGGUUGGAAGGAAGCACCGACUCCUGAAGUUGAUAUAACUAGAGAUGAGAAUAUUAUAUUUCAAGAAUUUCUUGCUCGGCAUAGACAAAUUAAAGAUAAAGAAGCUCAUUAUGCACUUCGUAAUGCAUCGAUUGAGCAUUUGUGGGAACGAUUUAGUAAUUCUGAUAAUUAA